AUGAGCUUAUCGAACAUCUUACAAGACACCCAUAGGUAUGAGUCUGUUCCGCCUAGUCUAUGGAAAGGCUUGUCACCUUCUGGUAGAGGUGGAACACAAAGCUUACUGAGAUAUAAAAGAAUGCAACUCAAGAUUGGGAGGAGCGGAAUUGAAAGAAAAUUACAAUUAGAGGAAUUGGAGUGCCUUUGGCUAGAAGCAUAUGAAAACUCAAGGCUCUACAACGAAAAGGUGAAGGCGGUACAUGACAAGAACAUUAAGAGAAGAGAGUUUAGAGCUGGGGAUCAAGGCCUUCUCUACAACUCAAGGUUGAGAUUAAUGCCAGACAAACUGAGGUCAAGAUGGGAUGGACCCUACAUGGUGGAGAAGAUUGAAUCGUAUGGAGUUGUCCACCUAAGUCACCCCUCAAGCACUACCUUUUUCAAAGUCAAUGGUCACCGUUUAAAGUUGUAUCAUGGUGCGAAAGUGAAGAACAACAAGGAGUUGGAGAUCUUCCUCUUGAAGGAUCUAGCAAGGGAAGAGGACUGA